CUGAUAAGAUGCUGACUACGGGGAUCCUGCCGGGCAGCAUCACCCUUCGAUCGAUCGCCCCCUUCAUUCUCGAGGGAACUGGCCUAUUCAUGAUCUUCUUUGCCGCUGUUUUACUAGCCACACCGUUCGCCACACGUAUCAACUUGAAUUUCGGGAAUCACACGAGUAAAGUCAAGGGAAAUAGGAGCGGGAUCACCAAGUUUACCGAAGCAACGACGUACCCUUCCUUGGCUCCUUUACCCCCAUCAAAUCCUGGAUCUACGAUAGAUUCAACAUCCGAGUUGUCUCUGCUGCAUCUAGCGUACCCUGAGUCGGUAAACAAAUCCAAUGAAGAAAUAAGCGAUGCAGAGGAAGUCUGCAACGAACGAACUCCGACGAAAGGAUCGUCCGAGUCGCCAGAUCCUUUAUUAUCAUCUACCGUAAUCCCAUCCGAGCGUUAUCCGAUAUUCGACGAGUCGACGAUCGUUAACUACAACUCAUACCGUCACAAACUGAUAGAAGAAACUCUCGCCAAACAGUACGGAGGUGAUUAUGCACCCGGUAAUGUUAUCCUGAAUUUAAUUCAACUGAACACGCCCGAUUCCCUGGCCAACGUCGUCCUGGCUAAAAAAUACGACGGUAUCAGUUUUUUCGAUCAUAUAAAACUCUGCGAUGCACUAGCUAACGUCUGCGCCACCCCAAAUCCGGAUAUCGAGUAUCCGGAUCCGCUGUCUCAUUUCAUUCCCAGAAACAUGCGCAGGCCUUCGACUUCCGAAAUGGAAACUGAAACUGCGGAGCCCUCGGAGACCGAAAUAAUCGGGGCAAAGCCCUCAGCUAAUUGCACUUCUGGACCGACUACUCAGGUUUACAGUUGUCAGAGAAUCGUCCCUAGACGAUUCCCCGAGGGCGGAGGGAGAGGGAGCGUCGCCAGUUAUUCAUUUGCAAAAUCACCGUUCGUUACCCCAGCGAAUUCGCAAGCCCCUUUGAAUAAUUCCGUAGCGUUGUUGGCCCCGCGCGGAGCAACGCUACAUUCCGUCAGAGGAGAAGAUCCUGCGGUCGGCUUGUCCGAGAAUUCAUCUCAACUUAGCGAACCUCCAUUAACGGAACAGCUGUAUCGCCGUGACGUUAACGCGAGUCCCGACGUCGUUUCCAGGACGCACGUCGAAGCGCAGGAUUAUCUCAGUCGUAUAACGAGAAAGAAACCGUAUGAAAUCUCUACCGCAAAGAACAGGCAGACGGCGCGACAGCCUCGAAUAAAAUCGUCGCUCAAAAAGAAGUGCGCACGACGUACCGCCGACGAGGACGAGUAUUUUAGAAGAAACGAAAAGAUUGCUGAUGCUGCUGCGAAAGUCGGGGGGGAUCGUUCCGAGCAGCAGAGAAUAUUCAGGGCUGCAAAUAUCACACGUUUGUCAGCAUUGAAACCUACGAUAUGGAAUAAUUAGGAAUUUUUUAUAAACACAGACUCGUUGGUAGUUCUGCAAGUAAUAAUAUUCCAUGAGUUUGGUGAAUGAGAUUUUUUUUUUUUUUUUUAUUGCGGAUCACCGAGAAACUGAGGGCGCGGCUCCGCAUCCCGGAAUCUGGAAUUCAAAAGUCAAGAGUCGACAGAAACUAGACUUUCCGAACUAUAAUGGCCAAUGGUCUUGCGGUCUUUUGUUGAGAAUGGCAAUGAUUCCGCGUCGGGACAGUUAAAACUCUGAAACUCGUGGAGUAUGUUUCCCGCAGCGGGGUUCAAAGGUGCCGGUUCUAAAACCUGCGUACAAAGAGACAUCAGAAUCCUUGCUGUCAACGGUUCCACUUCAAAAGUAGCCGCCUCUCAAUGUGUUUAUUUAGUUAACGUCAAAUUUACUCCAGAAAACAUGAAUGAGUAUGCCCGGAGUCGGCAAAAAAGAAAAAUAAGAAAAAAAAAAAAAAUUCAAAGUACUAUUUGUAUCAACUGAAUUCGCAAGAUUGCCGUGCCGAGGCGUGGCUUUUCUAGACUAUUGUAUCGCUAACCACCGUGAGGACAAGCAGGAUAUACUUUAAAAUAAAAAUCCUGCUGAUGCACGACGCUGUACGUACAUCAAGUUUAUUUAUUUAGUUCAAAUAUUUCGAUAUCUCACGAAUAACUACUACAUAGCCAGCAAAACUAUUCAGCGCAUAUUCGAUGAAAUUAUAAAAUUGAUUUAUAAUGAACCGAGGUCUGUCUUACGAACGAAAAUGGAAGAUCAAUUUUUUUUUCCAAAAUCGCGUUAUUCCCUCGUAUUUUAUACAUUUGUAUCGGAGCAAGAUAUUCCUCGGGCUUUUCCCACUUCACUUCGAUUUUAUAGCCGAAUCUGGUGUUAAAAUAUGUGUCGCGUUAGUUUCGGUCUGUUAUACGGAACAGAUGUGGGGAGGAUUUCGGACCACCUUGAAGGUGACGAGUCUAUUAAUUUGUUGCGCUCUUCCCGCGAUCUUCUAAACAGCAAACACCGAUUCUUUUGUGGGAUGGAUGACCUAGAAAUCCGAAGCCUUUGCCGAGUACCGUGCGUACAGAUCAUCGGACAUAAUACGCAACAUCUAAAGAAAAAUGCAAGAGGGUUUCGCGUGACAAAUUCCAAUUCGCUAUGUGCUCCCAAAAAUACCUGAUCGUCGAAGAUUCUUUUCCACCCGGUGCAGAUCCUGACGACGGGGGGUGAAUUUAGUCGGCAACUUUACACGCGGCAAGGAUAAAACGGGCAAAAGGGUUGAGGACGAACGUCUGAACAGAGGUUCGAGUGGAGAUUUCGCUCCUAGUUUUCAGCGCGAUCGAAACCACCGAGCACUCCCCUUUCUACGGGUAUAGGAUACCUACCCACCGGCGCAUCACGGGGUGUAACGCGCCGAUCAUAUUCGGACAAAGGCGAGAGAGAGUUAUCUAUUAUACGGCGUUCGGAGUCACGGAUCGAGCGGCGCAGCGGCAUCAAUGGAUAAUUCUUGGAGCAUUUCGCUCCUGCAGGGGCACGAUGUUCGCAGGGAUACAAACGCGACGUCGGUCCCUCUCUCUGUGUGUACGUGUAUUUCAAUGCGCGCGUAGGAGGGUCUCGAAACGAAACGAAGAACUGCCGGAGAGUUUCACCGUGCUAUACACGAGGGGUGAUACCAAACGUCCGAAAUAUUGCGACUAUGCGGAGCAACGAUCAGCGGUUAUUUUUCUCACGCAUUUGCGAUUCGCCAGAAGAAAAACGAUAUUCGGGAUAGUGUCAUCUGCGAUCUCUGCUGACAACUCCCCGCCGCGUGUGAAAAGGACGCACGUUCGCAGCGUGACUCUGUCGGGAUGUAAUGCAGGACGAGAUUCUGCAGUUCGGUUUAUUGGGCUCCCCCUGUAAACUUUCUCCCUUGAUUUCUCAACUUCCCUCGAGUAUGUAUACGAGUAUAUAUAUAUACCCGUAUAUACCUAUGUGCGUACGGACCAUUCAUCGC